AUGGCGUCAUCCAAGGAAAAAGCACCGCCCGUUGAAGAGAAGACGACGGCGGAACCUCCUCCAGCUUAUACGCCAGCUCCCAAUGGCGAUAUCCCUCCAGUGUCGCCGGUUCUCCAGCGACCGCUCAACUUUGAUUUCAAGGCAGCCGCAGAAGCCAGGCUGACCACGACGGUCCUAGUUGACGAGUGUAUAGCACACCUAAAGCUUCUGCGUUCACUCGCGGACCUAAGAGACCUUAUAUCCAAAUCUGAUGGCCUAUUCGGCAUCCAUGAUAUUCAAGCGGACGUCUUCGAAAAUGAAGAAGAAUCUCGAAAGGCUCUGGCGCUUAUACGGGAGAAGAGAUGGGAGAUAUAUGUCACACGCGCCGCACACAGGUUUGAAAUCUGGGUCAGAUCUUGUACUCCUACAGGCGGACCGGGCUCGAAUAGCAGCUGCGUCAUGCUGUAUGAUGUGGAGGAGAAUCCCGAAUAUAAAAAUUUCCCUAAAUGGGAAUUCCGGACACUGUGGAGUACCGCCUUGAUGCCGCCGUUAGAUGUUGUGAUGGUUUGGCAUGCAUACAUGCUCAAUCCUCGGGAUGUUCUUGAGGAUUGCCUACGGCUUGGAAAGAUGAGCUUUUGGACAUCCGGACUGCCACUGGACGUCAUAAACGAAUGUAUCGACAACACCACCUUCGAAUACACCCCAGACCUUCAAAAGGACACGAGUGGAACUAUGUUCAAAGCCCGCGAUAUCCUCGGACAAGCCAUACAGAACGGGGGAAGGACACGUCCUAAUGAGCGAAUAGCAGUUCGUAGGAUGAUGUCUAGAUACUGGGAGAACUCUUCCCCAUUCGCACUCGACCUUGUUGGUGCCGUCGUCCGCCAGGGCGUGUUCAUCGAUAAGAUGGAUAAAAUCGACUGGCUGCAUUCUCCCGCACUAGAAUCGACGAUGGCUAGACUGAUUGAUAAAUACGUCAUCUUUUUCCGCAUCAUAGCCCAAAACAAAGGCAAACUCGUUGUGCCUACCCUGGAUGUUGAUCUAGCCUGGCACACCCACCAAUUGAAGCCACAAAGAUACUACGCUUACUCCAUGCAAUUGACGCAAACUUUCGUCAACCAUGACGAUAAAGUGGUAGAGACACAGCUCACAGAUGGGUUUGAAUGGACGUCUAAGCAAUACCAGAAAAUAACUGGGGGCGGAAUAUAUAGCGAGUGUACAUGCUGGUACUGCGAAGCUGUCCGAGAACCACAUGUACAUGCACUAUUCUCUACUUCUGCACCGACAGCACGAAAAAAUGCAGCACAGCUCCGCAUUAGGGAUGAUAUAAGUCCCGACCCAGACAAGAAUCCACAUAUCUCAGCGCACAACUCGGUCCGGGAGCCCGAAACACCAGCUAGCCGCGCGAAGGCCAAUCUCAAAUUCCUCGAGCUUAGAAAUCGACAUUACAAAAUGUUGAAACGGGCGGGGAAAAGGGGUGAUAAUAAUAAUAAAAAUCAGGAAGGUAUACCGAUGUAUUACUGGGGGGUCCCUCUCGUUGCAGGGCCGGAGGUUGUGUUGCAGGUACCUGUCACGGGAAUGUAUUUGCUGGUGUAUGUUCAGCGGAGGGAGGAGGCGGAGCGGGGUGUUCUGGUGGUGGAGGAUGCGGAGGUGGAGGAGGCGGCGGCUGUGGUGGUGGCGGAGGCGGAGGCGGAGGGGGAUGUGGUGGAGGAGGGUGUUGAUAUUGGCUGCUGGAGAGGUAUCUAA